AUGUCUCGCCAUCAUCCCGACCUCGUAAUGUGCCGCAAACAACCCGGCAUCGCCAUCGGCCGCGUCUGCGACAAAUGCGACGGCAAAUGCCCCGUCUGCGACUCCUACGUCCGCCCCACCACCCUCGUCCGCAUCUGCGACGAGUGCUCCUUCGGCAACUACCAGAACAAGUGCGUCGUGUGCGGCGGCGAGGGCAUCUCCGACGCGUUUUACUGCUUCGAGUGUACGCGGUUGGAGAAGGAUAGGGAUGGGUGUCCGAAGAUUAUAAAUCUGGGAAGUUCCAGGACAGAUUUAUUCUACCAGAAGAAAACGAAUCGGGCGGCAAAUUACUAA